CCGCGAGCAACAACUUUGUGAGAUUGACACAGAAUGGAGAGAAGCUGACGCACCGUUAUUUACCGGACCGUUAACUCUCCUCUUCAAGUCUCUCCUCAUGCCAUCACAGCCUACAUGCUGCGCCAGACCAGGAGAAAAACACUGAAGAAGAGUUCUGAAAGAGUUUGAAGAGCUGACAAUUCCUCCUGUUUGUUGAGGUUUUUUUCUUCUUUUUGGACACUUUUGUUGCGUUUUUACGCACGAUGCGCAAAGGGAUGGAUUCUCUCUGGAGACUUAAAACGGGAAUGCACCAUGUAUUUUAUGUUUGUCUCUCUAUUUCAGUGGCUUAUUCUUAUAAUGUAGACUUAGAACAUCCUUUAGUGUUCCGAGGACCAGCUUCUAGUUUUUUUGGCUAUUCAGUGCUGGAGCAUUAUCAUGACAACACACGCUGGGUUAUAGUAGGAGCUCCGAGGGCAAACUCGACCUACAGUAGCUCUGUGCACUCUCCUGGAGCUGUGUAUAAGUGUCGAGUUCACAGCAACCCAGAGCGCCGCUGCACAGAGAUGGACCUGGGAAGAGGAAACCGGCUCAGAGAGUCGUGUGGGAAGACGUGUCAGGGAGACCGGGACGACGAGUGGAUGGGGGUCAGCUUGGCCCGCCAGAACAGAGCAGACGGCAAAAUCCUGGCCUGUGCUCACCGCUGGAAAAACAUCUAUUACGACUCAGAGCACAUCCUUCCUCAUGGUUACUGCUCCAUCAUUCCCCCCACUUUGCAGGGAAGGACCAAACCACUCAUCCCUUGUUAUGAAGACUAUAAGCAGAAGUACGGGGAAGAGCAUGGCUCGUGCCAAGCCGGGAUUGCGGGAGUUUUUACGGAGGAGCUGGUGGUGAUGGGGGCUCCAGGGUCGUACUACUGGACCGGGACAAUCAAGGUCUACAACCUGACAUCUGACUCGUUUUACAGCCCCAACAAAGAUGACAUCGACUCCCACAGAUACAGCUACCUGGGCUACGCCGUGACAGCCGGACACUUCUCUUCUCCCCAUGUGAUCGACAUCGCUGCAGGGGCGCCUCAGCACAGCGGCAGUGGAAAAGUUUACAUUUUCAAAAUCGAUGGUUCGUCUUUGGUGAAGAGUUUUCAAGCCUCAGGGAAAAUGAUGGGCUCUUACUUUGGCUCCUCAUUGUGUGCAGUUGAUCUGAACCAGGAUGGCCUGUCGGACCUGCUGGUGGGGGCUCCCAUGCACAGCCAGCUCCGGGACGAGGGCCAGGUGUCUGUGUACCUCAGCAAGGGCAACGGUGUGAUGGAAGAGGGGGGCAUUCUGAGCGGGGACAAUGCUUUCAAUGCACACUUUGGAGAAUGCAUUACGGCAAUUGGAGACAUAGAUGACGACGGAUAUCAAGAUGUAGCAAUCGGAGCACCGAAAGAGGACGACUACGCCGGGGCUGUUUACAUCUACCAUGGGGAUGCAGCAGGGAUCAUCAGUAAAUACUCCAUGAAACUGUCUGGACGCAGCGUCAGUCCUGGUCUGCAGAUGUUUGGACAGUCGAUCUCAGGCGACGUGGACAUGGAUGGCAAUGGAUACACAGAUGUCACAAUUGGAGCGUUCAUGUCAGACAGUGUGGUGCUGCUGCGAACACGGCCUGUCAUUACGGUGGACGUCUCCAUCUUCCUGCCUGUGACCAUCAACAUCACCGUGCCACAGUGCCACGAGGGCCAGCACAACCAGAACUGUUUCAAUGUCACCGUGUGUAUGCGCUUCAGGGGGAAACAGCUGCCCGGACAGUUAGAUUUGCUGUAUAACCUGACGGCUGAUGUGGAUAAGCGUCAGAAGAGCCAGCCUUCGAGGAUCUACUUCUCCCAGAGCGGCUCUCAGAUCAGCCAGAUGAGCCAGCAGAUCAGCCUGGACAUCAACAGGGAGGAGUGCCAGCGCUUCACCGCCUACGUGAAGAAAGACGUAAAGGAGGUGUUCACGCCCAUCACGUUUGAGGUGGCGUACAGCCUCGGGAAGCACGUUCUGCCUGGACAUCAGGAGCAUGAUCUGCCUGCGCUCACUCCAGUGCUACGAUGGAGGAAAGGAGACAAGAUUGCAGUGAGGAAUGAGACUUGGUUUGAGAAGAACUGCCUGUCGGACGACUGCGCCGCAGACCUGAGGCUUCAUGGGAAACUGCUGCUCUCUGGUCUGCACACUGGUCACCAUUUAGCCCUGGGAGGAGUGAAGAACGUCUCCUUGAACCUGACCAUCUCAAACACAGGGGACGACGCCUACGACACCAACAUCUACUUCAACUUCUCCAGAGAAGUUUUCUACAUCAACUUCUGGCAGCGGGAAGAAAAGGGCAUUUCCUGUGGACUUGUUGAUUUGGACUUCCUUAAAUGCAGCGUGGGAUUUCCCUUCAUGAGAGCACAGACUAAGUAUCAUUUUGCAGUGAUCUUUGAUACCAGCCAGCUCUCUGGGGAAAAUGACACACUGCAGUUUUUGGUUCAAGCAAAAAGUGCCAAUCCUGAGCACAAGCUUGCUGACAACACUUUGGAUCUGUCCAUCCCUCUGGUUCAUGAGACCGACACGACUAUCACUGGUGUGGUCACUCCGAGCUCCUUUGUGUACGGGAACUCCAUCGAUGCCUCACGCUUCGUCCAGCUAGAUGACAUGGAGUGUAACUUCCAGCCUCUUAAUCUCACAUUUCAGGCUAUAAACAAGGGGCCCAGCAGGCUGCCUGGCUCCACUGUGGACAUCAGGAUACCCAACCGUCUGGCUGGCAGCGGGGCUGACAUGUUCCACAUCAUUGAAACACAGGUGGCUGACGGCCGAGGGAACUGCACCCCUCACAAGAACCCGACACCGUGCACCAUCCCCCAGGACAGAGAGAGCAUCUUCCACUCCAUAUUCGCUUUCUUCACCAAAUCAGGACGGAAAGUCUUGGACUGUGACCGGCCUGGAAGAGCGUGUAUGAUGAUCUCCUGCAGUCUGGGUCCACAGUUAAAGGAAGAAGCUUUAAGCAUAGAUAUAAAACUUCUUCUCAACACUGAAAUUCUUAAAAGGGAUAGCUCCUCUGUGAUCCAGUUUGUGACAAGAGGAAGUGUGCAAGUAAGCAACAGAGCAGUGGAGGUACCAAACGGCCUGCCAGAGGACCUAUCUCUGGUGUUCGAGGCGCUCCACAGUCAAGAGCCGAGGGGUUACGUCGUCGGCUGGAUCAUUGCCAUCAGUCUGCUGGUGGGAAUCCUCAUCUUCCUGUUGUUAGCUGUGCUGCUCUGGAAGAUGGGAUUCUUCCGUCGGCGCUACAGAGAGAUCAUCGAGGCUGAGAAGAACAGGAAAGACAGCGAGGAAAGCUGGGACUGGAUGGAAAAGAACCACUGAGACCCGCACUGUGGGGUCCCAGAGGAGCCAAUGAGAUUAGGGAUUGGGUCGGGAAGGAUCCAAUAGCACGUGGUCUCGUAGCCCAGCCGCCAAAGUGGCACCAGGCCCUUCAGUCUUCCAUAUGUGGAAGAGGAGAAUAUUCUCCAUAUUUUUUGGAGACUUGAUGUAUUUUUUUGUGGGUGGGGGUCCAGGAAACAGGCUUCUGAGGUGACAGCAUGGCUUGCCAGAGGACACUUGCUGUGGAAUUCAGCUAAUCUCAGCGGAGGGAACUCCCAGCCAGCGGAGCGGAGCUGUUGAUGGAGACCCACAUCCGUACGGGGAUGUGGAGACGGCAUGAAUACUGGUGGACAACAAAACCCUCAGGGCUGUGUUAUAUAGCAAAUUUAUUUUUAUACAUACACUUUAAGCCAUAUAGUGUAAAACUGGGCUUGGAGAAGAGCUGAGGAUUUGAAGGCCAUUAUAAACAUACUGUAACUACAGUAUGUUUUCCUAAAAGCACUGAUGUUUGAUAAGAAUGAAUGCCUUGGCUCCAUAGCUUUACUUUUAAUGCCAAAGAAAUGUCCUGAAUAGUAAAUGAUGGAGUCGUUUGUAUAUUCAGCUCUUCCUGGGAGUGAAAGAUUGUAUCUUUUCUUUACUAUGUCCGGCUAAUGGAUAUCUUUAAAACACAUCUGACUGUCCUGCUUUCACACAGAUGAUAAGUCAGAGAUAAAUCUCAGUUUAAACCUACAUACACACGAUUAAAAAGUGCGCCAUCUGAUUGUGUCUGAGCUGAUUCAGAGAUGCUGAAUACCAACUAAAUGAUCUUUCAGAGGGGAUUUCCACGCUUCAGAUUUUUAGGUUUAUGAUUCUUCAGAAGCAGGGAUGCACCAAUACCACUUUUUCUUUAAGAACAAGUUCAAGAAAAUGCUCUCAGAAAAUUAUGUUAUCAUCAGAUGUUCCUUACCCCUCCUCUUGACAAUUUAGCAGUGUGCUCUACUUGUUUCUUCCUCAUUUAUGAUGAAAUAUUACGUACUCACACCUUGCCUACUGACCAUAUUGAGCACAAUAUCUGCACCGUUUUAUAAGUGAGAGCACUGAGGUAUCAGCAUCAGGUAACCUUUCUGGUACUGAUAUCAGUGCAUCCCUAUUGAUAAGCAUUCCUUUUGGUGAUGAAGUAUGAAAAAAUGGAAGAAUUCACUGCAAAAACAAAAAUCUAAGUAUGUAUUUGUCCAAUAUCUUGUCAAAAAUAUCUUAUUACACUUGUCAUAUUCCACAUUUUCUUGACAAGCCCUUAUAAAAAAACUUAUUUCAAGAUAUUAAACAGAAAAUCAGUACAUCUGCCAAUGCAGACAGGGUAUUUCUCUCAUUGAGCAUCAUGAAAUAAGAUAUGCCAAGUCAUGAAAUACAGACUUCUGGAUUCAACAUACUCAAGUAAAACUUGCACCCCCACUACCAGAUAUUUUUACCUUUUACAAGAGAUGUAGGCCUUAUUUUUUGUGUAUUUUUUUAAAUUUUGAAAUAAGAUGUUUUUUUUCUAGACUUGUCAGUUGAAUGUGGCCUACAAUAAGUGUAAUUUGUUAUUUUAUUUGUUCAUUUGUGAGCAUCCCAAUUAGCUGUACCGUAGAGCAGUGGUUCUCAAUGCAGGGGUCAAGAUCCCCGUGAGGGUCACAAGAUACUGAAAGGGGCCUUUCAAAAUACAAAGAAUAUGUUUAAAAUGAUUUAAAAAACAUGAUAUCAUGUCCAGUGGACAAAUGUAGUCUAACAAUUGGAUAUUUUACCCAUUUUUAUGAGAAACAAACACAUACAUUUAGUGAAUAACAUAAAAACAUUUGGUGAAAUUUAUGCUGAAACCAAAGUAAUGUUUAAAAAAAUCAUUUAGAUGUCAGUCUGCACACGACUAUUUUUGAAUGUGCAUCAACUGUGCUUCAACCACUCUGAGGUACUAAAAGCGUUCUUGGUGUUUGGCACCUUUCUUUUAGGGGUUUGAGAACCCCUGCCCUAGAGCAUAGUUAGUCCUCCUGGGGUCUAUGUUAUAAAAAACAUACUUACAGGAAUCUCAAAUCUACUUUUAAAACAUGAUUAAGCAGCAUAGUCCGCACAAACCAUCACAUUUUGGGGAGAAAAUUAAGUUUAGGACAUACAUUUGACUACGUUUUUGCAGUGUUUGAAAUAAAGUGAAACUAUUAUGAGGAUUAAAUUGUUUUUGUUUUAAAAGACAGCAGAAUUCCUUUUGGGAAAAUCAGUGAUGUGAUCUAUCAAAAAUAAAGCCAUAAUUUGGGAUAGUGGUAAGCCCAGUGGUGUACUCAGUGGUCAAGGGGGAGCCAAUUUCCCUCUAUACCUGAAAAAUGCAGCAGAAGUGCCCUAAAAAUGGUAAAGUGCCUUCAGGACAGGUCAGGUCAGAUAUGGGCGCAUAUGCCACUUCUGCACUUUGCCGGGUCAACCUUUGUCCUGUACUGUUCUGGCCUCUUGAUGGCCAUCGUCCAGGCUUGUGCCAGGCUGCUUCCCCAUCUCUCCAGGUCUGUCGCUCCCCAGGUCUGACAUACAGAUGGCACCCUUUUUUAAUAUUUUUGGCCCUGCCCUUCAGAAAGUCUUGAGUGCAUCACAGUGUAAGGCUUUAUUGUACUUUGAAAGGAUAUAUUAUGAGAGCAUCUCCUGUUACUUGUGCUAAUUAUCAUCAGGUUUAACUUCACUUAUGUUUAAUUUCAGCACAGCCGGCUCACGUCUCCUCUGAUAUUGCCUUUCAGAAAAAAGAUUUUGGCUUACCAUAGCCAAAAAAAAGCAGAAUUUUCAUGUAAAUUUCAACAAUUUGGACUAUUUCCUCCAAAUCUCUGAUUUUUGUAACUGGUUUUUAAAUUUUGUGAAAUCAACACUGAUGCUUAAACUUGAGGUUAAAAGGUCAAUGAGACCAAAACUGACCAGAUUGAUCAUCUCUAUGGUGACAUUUGUGAUGUCCUCUAACUGCUGCAAGGGCAGACCAGUUAACAGCAUAAAAAAAAACAUUUCCUUGUAACAACACGUACUGAGUGACACAUUUGAUUGUUGAAAGAUUUUUUAGAACCAUACCCACACCUGUAUGGGACAAGACCAGCACAGAGAUGAGAUGUACUCUAUUAUCCACCGGGGGGCUCCAGAAACGAUACAAACCAGAAGUUCCUCACAGGAGCUUUACUGUGCCCCUGAUACUCGACAAACCUUUUUCAUUAUCUGAAUUUUGAGUUUCUUUAGUGGAUCUAAUAUUUGCCAGCUUUCAGCUUUAGUCUUUGCUCUGUGCCUUGUUUUGAAUUUACACUGCUCUGAAUGUGCGCUCUGCAACAAAGCAAACUAUCUGAAGCUGCUUUUGCAAGAAGCCAAUCCUUGUGCAUGCUGCUGAUGCGUUAAAAAAGUCCCUAAAAGUUGCAAAGUUCAGAUUUGUAUUUUACUAAAAUACAGUAGGAAAUGAUUCAGCGUACAUUUUGACACAAGACCCGAUCGUGACUUAUUUCCAAAACCUUUCCAGACGUCACCUAUGCUGCCCAGAUUUAAUUUAAUGACGAUGUUAUUGGGCGUAGGGUUUUAGUGUGAAACAUGAUAUACCUUUCUCUCCACGGCCAGAUGAAAGUCAGUGAUGGGAGUCCACCUUCAGUCAUUUACAGGGGCCCGUGGAAUGAGUAAUGCCCUAAAAAUAGGUGGGAAUGUGCUGCACUCAAUCACUACACAUAAACGAGCUCUUUGGGGCUCCUGGGAAAAGCUUAUUUUAAGUCAACAUGGAGGAAUGUCAGCACCAAGAAAAUCUGCCACUAUUAAAGUUCACAGCUUUUACUCUGCAUGUUCUUAAAUCUUGUUAAAGCUGGGUUGGAUUGUGAUUGGAGUUUUUUUUGCAGAAACACAGAUUGAUUUCUUCUCAGAUAUCUCAAAGAAGUGAAAAUAUUGAGUUAGGUGUACAUCAGUAGAGCUAUAUCAGAAGAAAUCAUGGAAAUAUGCUCUUAAAGUGAUCUGAUGUUGGUUUUAAAGAUUUUUAUGACCCAAAAUAAAUAUGUAACUGACGAAUUAUGGGCAGUUUUUCACUGAAUUGGACUCCGAUUUAAACGUGCAAUGCCAAAGAUCAGAAUCUUGUUCAUAUUUAAGUGCAAAGACACUUUAUGGCUCACUUUGGUUCCUUUGCUCUCUAUUUUUGUGCUGUCUGAAUCUUUUAUACACUUUAUUUUUACCAUUUUAAUUCCACUGGCAUGACUGCAUAUACUGUACACAUUCACGUCUUCCCUCUGCGUGCGUUAAAGCGACGCUGAAUCUUCAUGCAGAGAAACCGACACUUGACAUUUUUUGGUUUAGUUCUGACUGUGAUGGUUAUAAAUUUUGUUUGUAUGUUUUGUUAAUCACACCGUUAUUUGGGGUUUUGUUCUGAGUAUACUACUGUCACUGAGUAUCAUUUCCAAUAUAGUGUGCUGUAUGUUUGAUGUUUAAAGUCAUGUUGGGGCUGUAUAUUUAUCUGUCGAUAAAUUUUA